CCCGCCCGCGAUAAGACGACAAUCCGUAGUAUACUCGAACCCCGCGGAACACCAAAACUACAACACAGAAGGAGAAAAAAAAAGAAACCGAAAAACGAAAAACGAAAAUGGUAACCACCCGCUCCGCCAGCAAAGCCGCCACCACCAGAACGACCACCACCACCCCCACCGCACCGCCCAAGCUCUGGGCGCACGCCCCCUCACAACUAACCCUCCUCUGGCUCGCCGUAUCCCUCCCGCUCGUGAUCUGGGACUCGGGGUACGUGCUCCUGCGCCCCCUAACGAUGGAGGGCGGGCCGCUGCACUGGCCGGUAUACGCGCCGUACAAGCUAUACGGCGAGGUGGACCACGUGUACGGGUGGAAGGCGUUCCACGCGCGCAACGGGUUCACGUCCGCCCAGGGCGCCCUCAACGUCGUCGAGACCGCCAUGUACCUCGUCUACGUGGGCGUCUACCUCGGGUCCGGCGCGGCGGUCGCGGGGCGCGCCACCCGCGUGCUGAGCGGACGGCCCGCCGCGCUGGCGGUUGUGACGGCGUUUAGUGCGGCCGUUAUGACGUUGAGUAAGACGGUGCUGUAUUGGCUUCAGGAGUACUUCUCGGGUUUCGACAACAUUGGGCACAAUAGCCUACAAGACUUGGUUCUCUUGUGGAUCAUCCCCAACGGCUUAUGGCUUAUUUUCCCCUCUUACCUCAUCUACGUCAUGGGAGGUGAAAUCAUAGAUGGCCUGACAGCUGCCUCGACCGGAGCUGCUGUCAAGUCCGAGUAAGCGAUUAGUUUAGUUACGAGCGAGAGAUACCUAUUUGAGUUCAGCGAAAAUAUUAGUCGGGUGUAUGGAAACCAUAAGUGGGCGUAGUGGUUUAGUGAUGGAAUAUACCCAAGUCCUAUCGUAGAUUGCAAGGCUAGAUGUGUAGGUAUGUAUAUUACAAACUAACAAACUAACAUUUGAAGCUGCAUUCGGUCUAGUUGCGAGUGUCCCGUAUC